UUCACUGUAAACCUUUCUGCUUUACAAUUAGUGUAACUGCACGUCAGUCAUCUACUUACAGCGGUUCCCUCCCAUGGAGAACAUUAAAUCGGGACAGGAAUGUAAGCCACGGCACUGAUUUACUAGCCAAAAUACAAUUGCCGUCAUGAGUCCUGUCUUUUCGUAGACGCAAACCAAACAACUAAGUAACAUCUGGGAGGUUAAAAAUAAAUAAAUAAAUAAAUAAAAUAGCUAGCCGAUGUGAGGGAUUUAAAAAAAAUUGAUUUUAUUUAGUGUAGGGGUCUGUUUGACUGAAGCUAUGGUUGUCAAAAAGCUGGCAAAGGAAUCUCUGUUGCCCUCUGUUCUGGAAGAUAAUGUGGCUGAGAUGGAGGGUGAGCUGCUUGGUGAGAGUGAGCAGCUCGGAGGGAUUGGAAGCAGACCACCAAGCAGGCCCAGAAAGCUCUACAGCAGGGGCAGUGUUGACAGCCAGACGGUGACAAGACUGGACACGGAAGCUCAUCCGUCACAAGGCGGGCCCUCAGGAGAGGAGAUGACAGACUGCGGGGGUGAGGAAGACGAGGGUCAGCGGCGUGAGGACCCCGGCGAGGACGCGGAGGGGGGGGCCAUGCAGGCGGCCGAGGACCAGGACUAUGACACAGACUUGGAGAUGGAAGAUGAGAAGGUGCCCUAUGACCCCACGGGAGAGACCUGCUACAGGGCGGCCUGCAAGGUCUUUGGGGUGGUCCCUGUGUCCUACUUCCUGAGAAACAUGCACGCCAGCGAGCUGAGCAUGAUGCACCAUGGACUGGGGCCCCAGGGCACCAAAGCGCUGGCGGUUCCCUUGGUAACCAACACCUCCAUCCUGAAGCUGAACCUCAGGGACAAUCGGAUGGAGGGCCCGGGCGGGGCUGCCAUGGCGGAGAUGCUGACGGAGAACUGUUUCAUCACAGAAAUCGACCUGUCGGAGAACAGGCUGGGGCUGGACGGAGCGCAGGCCGUCUCCAGGAUGCUCGUGGAGAACAGCACCCUGGUCAGCGUCAACCUCUCGGGCAACGACUUCGACGACCACGCCGCCAAGCACCUGGCCGACGCCCUCCUGGCCAAUCAGAAGGUGGAGGCUCUGGACCUCAGCUAUAACAGGAUGGGGGAUGUGGCAGGGGAGCUUCUGGGAAACGCCAUCGCCGAGAACACGGCAGUGAGGGACCUGAACCUCAGCUGGAACUGCAUGCGCGGGAAAGGCGCCGGCUGCUUGGCGGCUGGCCUGGGGGCAAACAUUUUCCUCCGCAAGGUGGAUCUCUCUUACAAUGGGCUGGGAAAGGAGGGGGCAGCAGCCCUGGGAGAGGCACUCAAAGUCAACAACGUGCUCGAAGAGCUGAAUCUGAGCGUCAAUCGGAUACCCCCCGACGGAGCGAUCUGCUUCGCGGCCGGCCUCCAGCAGAACAAGACGCUCCGAACGCUCGGCAUGGCUCGAAACCCCAUGCAGACCACUGGCUGCCUCGGAGUGCUGAAAGCCAUUCGGGAGAACCCGGAGUCCGCCGUGGAGUUUCUGGAUUUUUCCGACAUCCCGGUGAACCAGGAGUUCGUCGACCUGUACGAGGAGGUCGGAGAGGCGUUCCCCAACCUGCGGGUGAAGCACGGGGGCUGCCUCGGCAAAAACAAAAAGCCAAAGUUGAAAGAUACUUCAGAGAUGCAGGAAAAUGAAGAAUCCACCGAGAAGACUGAAGCUCAGUGAGAGGGCCCCUCCUUUAGUUGACACUGGCAACCAGCGAAGGCGAGGAGUACUACUUCAGUUGAUUUUGGAUCCACUCUGUUUGCAUCUGUUAACUUUUACAACAGCAGGUAGCUGCUUCAGAGCCUGGAGGAACAUGCUAUUCCUGCUAAUUAAAAGCUCAUUUAAAAAGUA